AUGAACGUCGAUCCCGAAGCUAAUGCCGAAGUUGGAGGUUCUUAUCCUUUGAGAAUAUUCCAGGCGUCUUCCAAUCUUUUGGCGCAUUUGUUAAUAGGUGUUGUUGUGGGUACUUGCUUACAUUUUUCCUUCUCCAAUGGAUUGCCCCUGGGAGCGACUACGCUACACAUAGUGCUAUGUGCUAUCGGGUAUCAACUCCUUAUGGCCGAAGCUAUCUUAAUCCUAUCUCCUGACAACGCGUGGUCAAAGGUUCUAACAUUCAGAGACAAGCGUAGGGCCCACACAUGUCUCCAAAUAUCUGGCUCAGCUUUAGCCAUCGCCGGCAGUGUUGUCAAGAUGCUUGACAAGGCCCAGAACUUCAACACUCUGCACGGACAAUUUGGUUUAGCAGCGAUGGUGUUCACAACUGUGAGCCUUGUGAAUGGUGUCACUUCGCUAUACGCGUUCGAAUGGAGGGCCUUCUGUCCAGGAAACAUCUCGAAGAUCACCCACAUUUUGUUUGGUUCCUUCGCCUUCAUCUGCGCUUCUAUUUGCUUGUGCUACGGUAUCGACAAAAACUUCUUCAGAAUAUGGACCGGCCAAGCGUUUGCCGACACUCUGAUAGCGUUCACAGCAAUUUUCACCGUUUACGCUGUGAUAGCUCCCUUCCUCAAUUGCUUCAAGAAGACCGUGCGUUUCGUGAAGAAGUGAUUUAAAUGUGAGAACAGUA